UAUCAGAUGCAAUGAGAAUGAAAGGCAUUCAUGGAUCCAUGGAAAUCUAGUAGCAUAUCGAUUUGUUCUCAGCUUCUUUCGCCGAACCGUUCGGCCCCGACCAGGGCCGUAUCGGAUACCGCCCGCUAUUAAUCCCACUCGGGGACCAGACAGGGGAAGCGCGCGAGCAGCAGAGCCACGGUGCAAGCGCUGGGGUGGGUCAUCCCUGGCGGGCGCGAUGGAGGCAGAGGCCAACCCAGUUCGAGAUCCCGUGGCUUCGUGCCCCAGGCUUGAUGACCUCGCCCACCGGCUUCGUCUCUACGUGCCGCUCUCCUUCCCGGACGACGUGGAAGAGUACGAGUUGGGCGAUGGCGUGGAUGAGAGAGGGAAGGUGCUCCCCCAGAUGGGUUUGGUCGACUCCGCCGCCGCCGCCGUUCCCCCGCCGGAGAGGUUCCGCCCCAAAAGGGCGGCUGUCCUUGUUUGCCUCUUCGAGGGCAAGCUCGGCGACCUUCGUGUCAUCCUCACCAAGCGUUCCUCCAACCUCUCUACCCACUCCGGUGAGGUGUCGUUGCCGGGGGGGAAGGCGGAGGAGGGCGACGCGGAUGAUCGAGAGACGGCGUUGAGAGAAGCCAAAGAAGAGAUAGGGCUGGAUCCUUCUCUGGUCACAGUCGUGACCGUUCUGGAACCCUUCUUGUCCCGGCAUCUUCUCAGAGUAGUUCCUGUAAUUGGCUUGCUUUCUGAUAACCAAGCGUUCAAGCCUGUUGCUAAUGCUGAUGAGGUGGAAGCAAUAUUUGAUGCACCCUUAGAGAUGUUUCUCAAGGAUGAAAACCGGAGGUCUGAGGAACGGGAAUGGAUGGGGGAGAAGUUUCUGGUCCAUUACUUCAACUUCAGUACAGAAAACAAGAAUUUUGUUAUUUGGGGUUUAACUGCAACUAUCUUGAUUCAUGCCGCAUCAGUCAUUUACCAGCGGCCACCUUCUUUCCCUGAGCAGAAGCCCAGCUACAGAGUCCCUCGGUAUAUAAAGGGGACUUGUAUAAUGCCAUGAAUUCUGAGACUCAUAUCAACUUAAUGUCCACAAGCUGCUUGUGGUUGUUUGUUGUGGCAUUCUGGAAGAUCUUGCAGGUGGCUUCAGUGAAUCCUGUGCCCUGGCAGGUUUACUACCAAUCCCAGAUGGAUGGACCUAAUGCCAACUAUUCCCUUAAUUAUAGCAACUUCUACUUCAAUCUGUUUGAAAUGUUUCAGAUGCACUGCUUGAAGGACCAGCUUUGUGGACUAUUCCAGUGCAAAUAACUUGACAAACCAUACAAUGUAUUCUGCUAUACUGCUAAAAAAAAUUUACAGUUGUUAAUGUAAACAUAUUUUGUGGAAUAGUACAUUGAAUCCUUCCUGCACCA